UGUCCAUGUGGUUAGUGUAGUGUCCUUUUGUUAACUCUACCUAGUGAGUCCAGCAUGAAUGUAGCUGUGUGUGGCUAUGUAAAAACUUGGGGAAUCUCUGACAGGAACAUAAACAUAAGCAACCUUUUUCUCCCUCUGGCGGGCCCUGGCUUCCUUUCUGUCCUGGGGGGAGACUCUUCCCUUUCCAGGGCCUUCGGUGGGAAGGGAGGAGAGAGAAAGAAGGAGGGGAAGAGGGGAAGGAGAAGGAAGGCUGAGGGGGCCUGGUUAAGGGUGGCUGAGCUCCAGGGCCCAAAGUGGGUGGGGCUGAGAAGGAAAGAAGAGCAUGGUGCUAGGGACCCAGCACUGAGUGCAGCACGAGCUGGUUCAGUGGCUGGUGGGAGGAAGUGGGAGGACUUCUUGGAGACCAUGGACACUCAGCCACUGGGAUCAACAAGGGGACCCCUGACCCAGCCUCUCUCCCCACAGAUGAGCAGCAGCUGUUCAGGGCUGAGCAGGGUCCUGGUGGCCGUAGCUAUAGCCCUGGUUCCUGCCUCCUCCCCUUGCCCCCAAGCCUGGGGCCCCCCAGGGGUCCAGUAUGGGCAGCCUGGCAGGCCAGUGAGGCUGUGUUGCCCCGGAGUAAGCUCUGGGACCCCUGUGUUCUGGUUUCGGGACAAGGAGCCAAGGCUGCUCCAGGGACCUGACUCUGGACUGGGGCAUGACCUUGUCCUGGCCCGGGCAGACUCUGCUGAUGAGGGCACCUACAUCUGCCAGACCCUGGAUGGUGAACUUGGAAGCACAGUGACCCUGAAGCUGGGCUGUGAGUUCAGGAUGGUGGCAAUGCUGUACUCUCUGCCGCCAGAUCCCCCUGCUCGUCCUGUGGUCUCCUGCCAAGCUUCUGAUUAUGAGAACAUCUCCUGCACUUGGAGUCCCAGCCAAGUUAGUGGUUUACCCACCCGCUACCUCACAUCCUACAGGAAGAAAAUGUUCCCAGGAACUGGUCACCAGAGGGUGAGUCUGUCCACAGGGCAGCCAUGCCCACAGGACCCUCGAGGGGCUGCACGCUGUGUUAUUUAUUGGGCAGAGUUCUGGAGCCAGUACCGGAUUAAUGUGACAGAGGUGAACCCACUGGGGGUCAGCACUCGCCUGCUUGAUGUGAGCUUGCAGAACAUCUUGCGCCCUGACCCACCCGAGGGGCUGCGGGUGGAGUCAGUUCCUGGUUACCCACGACGCCUGCAUGCCAGCUGGACGUACCCCUCCUCCUGGCCCCGACAGCCACACUUCCUGCUCAAGUUCCGACUGCAGUACCGGCCAGCACAGCAUCCCACCUGGUCCACGGUGGAGCCCGUUGGCUUGGAGGAGGUAAUCACAGAUGCUGUGGCUGGGCUGCCUCAUGCAUUGCGGGUCAGUGCCAGGGACUUUCUGGAUGCAGGCACCUGGAGCGCCUGGAGCCCGGAGGUGUGGGGGACCCCAAGCACUGGGCCCCUCACGAAUGAGAUUCCUGAUGCGGACAAGCUUCACACACAGCUUGUGGACAGCACAGCUCCUCCGAGGCCUUCUCUGCAGCCAGACCCUCGGCCACUGGAUCACAGGGACCCUCUGGAGCAGAUGGUUGUGCUAGUGUCUUUGGGAAUCUUUUCUAUCCUGGGACUGGCAGCUGGGGCUUUGGCACUGGGGUGCUGGCUGAGGCUGAGAUGGGGCGGAAAGGAUGGACACCGAAAGCCUGGAUUCCUGGCCUCGAUGAUUCCAACUGAAAAACUUCCAGGUACUCCAGACCUGUAGAAGACCCACAAGUGCUCCAGCUGAUUCUGCCUGUAACUGUCUUGCUGGUGUGGAUGGAUGGACAAAUAGAACCCUACAGGGCAGCAGAUCCCUGUGGGUGGGGGUCUCAACUGGGACUUCUGUCUGGAGCCCGUUUCUUUGAGACUCUGUGUUCCAAACUUGCCAGCUGAAAAGUGUCUGGACCUCUGACUUCAUGCUGGAGCUGAAGUCCACCUUAAGGAUGUCUGUAGAUGUGCAUGUCUGUGUUUAUGUGUGACCGUGUGUAUGUGAGGUGUGGAACAUGUGUUCUUUGCAUAUAUGUAUGUACAUAGGUGCCUGGAGAACGUGCGGGUCCCUGGCUCUUGGCCUUGCCCCUUGCAGGUGCUGUGAAGAUGCAAAAUAAAGAGAAUGAGGAAGUUCUUGGAGAUUGCACUCUGA